UACAUCUCUUCGCACGCAUAUUAAAACACUCCCUAGAAUUUAUAAUUUUCUCUCGGUAUCAUAUACAAAUGAAUAGAAAAUACUUGGAUCGUCGAUCAUAUUCAUGGUCGGGAUCACAAGCAAGACCAUACAUAUGCGAUUUUUGCGAGAGAGGUUUCUCCAACGCACAAGCUUUAGGAGGGCACAUGAACAUCCACAGAAAAGACAGGGCAAAACUUCGACAGGCGGACCUAAAAGAAGAAGAUAAUGAAGAGGCCAUUUGCACCACUUCGAGAAAUCGGUUCGAGCAAGAGCUUAUUGAGUUACCUUUCUUCGUUGACACGGUCGGUCCAAAAACAAAAGUAGAAGAUGAUAAAAGCGAAAACUGUAUAGGAGACGAGGAAAGGAACAAAACGAGGAUACUUGAAAGGGCUUUAUCUCAAAGUGCAGAAGUGAUAGAUCUUGAGCUCCGUCUAGGAUUAGAUCCUUAUAAGAAACCAACAAGUACGUAACCGUGUGAAUAUAUUUAUCACCAAGUAUGAUUGUAUAUGCAGUAUAUGUGAAUAAUUCCGUUUGACUAGAUAUUGGUUUGUUAAUACACAAAGAACUAACAUUUGUUAUGUACAUAUAUAAUUAAUGGUUACUGAUUAUUGUGAUGAAUUUUUACUCAUUAAUUUGUUACCAUAAUUGUUUAAUACACAUAAUCUAACAUUUGUUAUGUGUACACUUGAAGGCUUUAGUUCUAACUCUUUUUCGUUUGUUCCUCGAUCUAACAAAU